AUGCCGCUCAUUAACGGCCAAAAGAUGGCCUGUGAACCCUGCAUUCGCGGGCAUCGAUCCACAAAGUGUAACCAUGCCAAUGACCGGCUCAUGGUUCCUGUCCGGAAACCGGGUCGUCCACUCAGCUCCUGUCCGCACCCGGCCUCGCGCCCGUGCUCUUGUGCCGCCGUGACAGCCGCCAUACCCAAGAAGCAGACCUGCCGCUGCGGCCCCGCCUCUUCCUCUUCCUCCUCCUCCUGCUCUGCACAGCCUGCCGCCUCCGAUCCCGUCAAGAAGGAGCCCGAGUCGAAUGGCUCGUCACUACCAACAAGCCCCACGAGGUCUACGCCGAGUGCGCCCUUCCGAGUUCAAAAGUCGUCCUCAAAAGGGGCCAGCCGCAAGCAGUCUGUCGGUGUCGCUGGCCUCGAGAGGAUGGACACCAGCCAGCUCAAUAUCAUACAAGGCUUUGACCGUUCCUCGCAACCGUCGAUAAAUGGGACAAAUGGAAUGAAUGGGCAUGCUCCCAUGAGCGGAAUGGGCCCGUACUCUGCCAUGGGUAUGCCCAUUGGCGCACCUCCCUUUGGCAUGCCGGGCAUGUACCCGAUGAUACAGCAGCCCAUGGUACAACCUUUUACCCCAGAAGUAAACGGCUCGGCAAAUGGCAACGGAAGCUCCACCAACGGCAACCCGGAAACUACUUCAGGUAGCUGUUGCAGCGGAAAGCAGCCACCCCAAACAACCACCGUGGAAAAGCAAGAGGCCGCAAUUGAGAGCAAAACGGAAGUCUCAGGAAGCUGCUGCUCGUCAAAAACUAACGGUGUCAGCUCUCCAACGCAAGUCCCUACCGAGAACGCCAACGGGCAACUAAAUGGAAACCACAUGCCCAUGUUCCAGCCUCCCAUGGGCAUGACAAACGGCAUGUACCCAUUCUUCGCCACUCCCAACAUCUUCACAUACCCGCCUCAAUACGGCUCCUACAUGCAGCCCCUCCAACCGAAGCAAUGGCGACAGGCCAUGAGCAACAUGAACAUGGCGCCGCAAGUACAGCAAGCCUACAUGUUUGGCGGCCAAACGGCGGUACCGCCUUACCAGCAAGCAGGAGCGGCAGACACCUCGACAUGGACUUCCCACCAAUGCAGCUGCGGUGACUCUUGCCAGUGCAUCGGAUGUGCUGCCCAUCCAUACAACGACGCCACGCAAAACUAUGUCCGCUCCGCUUGGAAUACGAUGAUGCAAGACGCCCACGCCGCGCAUAACGGGCACGGGCACGCCAGCGGCACGCACUCGCCCACCAACGGUACGCACGCGGCCGUCAACGGACAGCAGCUGCCGCACACGAACGGCAUCACCGUGAACACCUCCACGGGCAAGACGGAAGGCGGCGCCGUGUCACCCACGGCGCCGCAGACGCCGUCGGACGCCACGUCCGGGCUGGCGGAGGAGCAGGCACUGUCAGCCAGUGACUUCUUCUUCGUCAGCUACCCUUUCGCUGACGGAUGCGACGGCGAAAUGUCCAGCUGCCAGUGCGGGGAUGAUUGCCAAUGCAUAGGCUGUGCGAUCCACAACAACCCGAGCCCGGGGAUUGCAAACUGA